GGCCAUCUUGUCGAGCUGCUCCCGGGAAAGAGGAGCAGGAGACGGGCUGCACGGCUCUGGCUGCCCCGCUGAGGACUUCAGCUUCUUCUGCACAGUUGAAGCGUUUUGAAUAAAGUACACAGCGGGUCUUGAAAAAUACAAAAAUUGAGGUCCCAAUACUACCACAUGAGACCGGCUACUGCAAUGGAAAGAUUUCUGAAUAGACCUUCUUGCAAUAACAAUACCAGAUGUCCACAGAAGAGGAUCAAACUACAGAGUGAUGAGAGGACGAAGCCCGGCGAGGUUGAUGAGGAAGACGAGUUCUCUCAUCCUGUUCCCUGGCAGAAAAUAGAGUCGGAGGGACUAGACUGUGACUAUGCUCUGCUGCUCUCCAAAGAUGAAGCAGACCACAUGUUUAAACAGCUGGAGGAGGAGGUGGUGUAUUCAAAAGGGGAAGACGCAACGGUCCAGGUGUUCGGAAAGGUGCACAGUAUACCAAGAAAGCAGGCCACAUACGGCGAUGCAGGUCUAACCUACACUUACUCUGGAGUGACACGUUUAGCCUGCCCCUGGACUCCAACAUUGGAAUAUAUCAGAGAUGCCGUCACAAAAACAACAGGACAAACAUUUAACUUUGUUCUGGUUAACAGGUACAAAGAUGGGCAGGAUCACAUGGGUGAGCAUCGUGAUGAUGAGAAGGAGCUGGACCCCCUCUGUCCCAUCGCCUCGGUCUCUCUCGGAGCAGCACGAGACUUCGUCUUUCGGCACAGAGACGCUCGGGGAAAACGCAGCCACCGACGGAUCGAACCCGUGAAGCUGGAGCUCGCUCACGGAAGCUUGUUACUCAUGAACUCACCGACCAACACCUUCUGGUACCACAGCCUCCCUGUACGCAAAAAGGUCUCGCUGCCUCGCAUCAACCUCACCUUCAGACGCAUCCUACUGGAUAGAAAGAAAUGAGCAAGCGUACAUUAUCACACGGGUGAAUAAGACCCAGAUUCUUAAUCAACAGGAGGACAAACCUACCUGAGCACAUGGAUGAAUAUCACAAAUUGAAAAUAUAUUUAUUUAUGUACCAGGUGAAACACAAGUUAAAAGUUUUAUUUACGAAGAUUCAUUGUUUGAGUGAAGGACACAUUGAGCUUGAUCUUAAGUCUGUUAUCACAUAAUAUCCGUCAUCUCAACAAGUACCAAGUAAAUACUCAUUCUCCAGUUUGUUU